AGGAAUUAAUUUAUCUUCUUGAUUUCAUCUAGAUCUGGUUGCUAAUGCUUGUGAGGGAAAACUUUAGUUCUGUUGCUUCCCAUCUGUACUCCAAAAAGCAAGGUUCAUGUCUGAUCUCGACGAUCAGAUUCCUGCUUCCUUUGAUCCUUUUGCUGAGGCUAAUGCUGAUAAUGCUGGUGAUGGGUCAAAGGAGUACGUGCAAAUUCGUGUUCAGCAGCGUAAUGGGAGGAAAAGCCUGACAACUGCUCUGGGGCUGAAGAAAGAGUACAGUAAAUCUAAGAUCUUAAAAGACCUGAAGAAAGAAUUCUGCUGUAAUGGUACUGCUGUGGAGGAUCCAGAGCUUGGACAGGUCAUUCAACUCCAAGGUGAUCAGAGGAAGAAUGUCUCCACCUUUCUCAUUCAGGCUGGUAUUGUGAAGAAAUAGCAAAUCAAGAUUCAUC